AUGGAGUCUCAGUAUCUGAAGACGUGCCUGGGAAGUUGCUUGAAAAAGGGACUGGCAGAGGUUGUAGAACAUCGGCCAGCAGAUCCAAUAGAGUACCUUGCACAUUGGAUUUACAAUUACAGAAGAAAUUUAGAUGAAGAGAAGAAGAAAGUGUUGGAGAGAACUGAGCUGGAACAAGAAAAGGAGGCAGCCCUAGCAGAGCUUGAAAGGUUAAGAAAAAUCGAAGAAGAGCAAAUGAUCCAGCAGAAACUUGAAGAACAGCAUCAAGUUCAGUUGGAGAAAGAACGUGAGGAGUUGGAACAGCAGCAUGAAGAAGAUGAAAAGCUGUUGCAGCAGGAAGAUAAAGAGGAAAAUGGAACAAUGGCUGAACUUUUGGAAGGACCUGGAUCAUCUAAUUUGAGCGAAGCUGAGGAGCUAGAUGUAAAUGGACAGUUUGAGGGUACAACAGAUCUCACAACAGAUCUCACAACAGAAGCAGAACAAGAAAGUUCCCAACUGACCUGA